CGAGAUUUAAAAAAAAAAGAAAAAAAAAGAAAAAAGAAGUCCCGCGCCAAAGCCAAACACCUACCAUACCAUCCUUCUCAACAUCUUUGACUGGUAGGUCUGAAACUCUCUCUCUCUCUCUCUCUCUCUCUUUCUCUUCGCACUUGUCAUGGAUAUCCCUAAAAAUCCACUGCUCUACCCGUCAUGGAAAACACGUCAGAAGAAACUCCCACAGAAAUCCAUAUCAACGGCCCUGAUUCACCGUCUCCCACGGAAUUCUCCGAACAUCAUGAUCUUCACGCCGAGCUCGACUCUCUUCGCUACUCACACCAAAGCCUCCUAUCGACCUCCGCGGCGAUGGAGGAAAGCUUGAAUCUCCUCCAGCAGGAAAGAGACAAGGCGGUGAUUAACAAUGCCGAUUUAGUCAAAGCGAUCGGCGAAAUUACCAGCGAAAGGGACACGCUUUCCGAAAGAAUUCGCGUACUCGAAGCUUCUCUAAGAGAAAAGGAAGAUGGGUUCGCGAUAAGGAUCGAGCAGGAAGAGAAUCAAAAAGAGAAGCUUAAGAAAGAAGCCGAGCUUUACAGAGAGAGAAUCGAAAGCUUGGAAUCUGCGAGAAAAAAAAGCAAUGGUUUUCUGCUAAAACUCUCGGAAUCGCUCCGUCUGGCAGAGGAGAGAUUGGUUAGGAUCAUCGAUAACGUUGUUGAAGAAGAAAAGGUUGAAAAUUGUGCAAAAGAGAGUGAUGGGUUGGGUGUAGAAUUGGAAUCGGACGAAGAAUUGAAGUCGGUUUCGGAGGAGUUAAUGGCGGUCACGAAGCUUGCGGGAGUGGCUGAAUUGAAAGUGAACGAGUAUAAAGAAUCGAGGAAGAAGGAGAAGAGGGAAUUUGAGAACAGCGUGGUGAGCUUGACGGAAGAGAAUAGGGAUAUAAACAGUUUGCUUAGGAUUGCUUUGGUGGAGAAAGAGGCUGUGGAGAAGAGGUUGAAGGGGAACAGUGAGCAGAAAAGGGUGGCAAUUUUGCAGAUUGCAGAGAGAGGGUUGCAGAGAGUUGGGUUUGGGUUUAUGAAGGGAAGUGGGAGUGCUGAGAAUUCGUCGGAGAGUUCAGGGACUAAGGUGGAUUCUUCUGGGGCUAGUGCUGGGUCUAAGUCAGAUGGUAGUGAGUGUGAAGAGGAGGUUGUAAGCCUGGCAUCAACCGUGGAGAGGAUAAUGAAGAAAUUACGGCUUGAAAUCACUCAAUUGAGGAGAUCUUUGGAAGAAUCUAGGUCAGACACUGAGCGCCUACAGAGUCUUACGGAGAAACAAGCUCAAGAUAUUGCUGAAAACAUGCUAUAUAUCAAGGAGUUAGAAGAUAGAGAGAGGGUGUUGGCUCAAAAUGUUGAGGAACUCCUGAUGGAAGUAAAAGAAGCUGAAGCAGAGGUUGCUAGAUGGAGGGAAGCUUGUGAAUUAGAAGUUGAAGCUGGGAAACAUGAGAUUGAAGAACGUAACAAAGUGGUUUCCAUUCUUACCCAAGAACUAGAGAAAACAAAGACUGCUUUGGACAUAUCAAAUCGCAAAUUAAAUCUAAAAGAAGAACUUGCAGCUGCUGCCAUGGCUGCCCAGGCAGCAGCAGAGAAGUCCCUGCAACUGGCUGACAACACAGCUGCAGGACUCCGCGAGCGGGUAGAAGAGCUGUCAAAACAAUUAGAAGAAGCAGAGAGCCAAGACCGUAACAGACACAAGAUCAGACACUUAUGUUGGCCAUGGCGAGCACUCAAACUGAGCACUGCUACUACGUACAAUAGAGCGAAGAAUGUAAGAAGGAUGCUGCCAGAAAUGCAAGCCUUGCUCCGUUAAUGUCUGUGUGAACUUUAUAAUUUAUUUCAGUUCUUUCUUCUUAUGAAAAUUUAUUUAUAUUUGUAGCUUCU